AUGGCGUGUCCUUUCAUAGAUGAGGUGGUGGAUGAGGGAGCUAUAGUCUUGCGGAGGGCAUUUCAAAGAGAGAGAACUUUCAGAGACAGGUCAGACCCUUUGGCUUUUAAUGACAGCUACCUGUAUGAGCGAUAUAGGUUCUCAAGAGAUGGGAUUGCAUAUAUUUGUAGAUUACUAAGCCCACACUUUGCAAAUAAAACACGCCGCAACAGAGCGCUCACAGUCCCACAGACGGUGUGCAUUGCACUUCGCUUUUUUGCCAGUGAAACAUUUUUGUACACAGUUGGAGAUGCAGAGAAUAUCAGCAAAGCAUCAGUUUGCCGCUCUGUACGAACUGUGUACCUUUCUUUAAAAAGACUACUCAAUGUGUUCAUCACAUUCCCUGGCCACAAAGCUAUUCGUACCAUUAAACAUGCCUUUUAUGGAAUAGCUGGUUUCCCAAAUGUUAUCGGUGCAUUGGACUGCACCCAUGUGCGUAUUAAGUGUCCGUCUGGUCCACAUGAAGCGGACUUUGUGAAUAGGAAAUCAGUACACAGCAUCAAUGUACAGAUGAUUAGUGAUGCAGAUUGCAUCAUCACAAAUGUAGAGGCCAAAUGGCCAGGCUCUGUGCAUGACUCCAGAAUCUUUAGAGCCUCAUCUCUCUACCAACAACUAGCAAGAGGAGAAUUCUCAGGAGUUUUGCUGGGAGACAAGGGAUACCCAUGCCUGCCUUACCUCUUGACUCCCUAUCAGGAGCCCCAGACAGAGGCACAGCACCGCUACAACAUUGCCCAUGCACGCACAAGAGGUCGUAUAGAGAUGGCAUUUGGGCUGAUAAAGUCAAGGUUCCAGUGCCUGAAGCACCUCAGAGUGACUCCACCUAGGGCAUGUGACAUUGUAGUUGCUUGUGUAGUGCUCCAUAACAUUGCUUGUCUGAGGAGAGAGAGGCAACCAAGGAUUGUUGAAGAGGAAGACUGGGGCAAUGAAGCAGUUCUGUAG